GGAAGCGCCGCCCCUCGCGGCGGGGGGGACUCGGAGCCAUCGCGGCUGCGCGGGGUGAGAGCGGCGCGGCCCGGCCGAGGCUGCCGGGAGCAGCACACUGAUAAGAUUGCACAGCUUGUGAUUCUACGCUAUCAUUUGAGGUCAGCAUCAGCUGCCUUUCUUCUGGUCCCUGCAAGAUGCCAGCAGCCCUUGCAGAGAACAGCCAGGUUAUCUGUGAAGUAUGGGCCAACAACCUGGAGGAAGAAAUGAGGAAAAUUCGGGAGAUUGUUCUGAGUUACAGCUACAUUGCCAUGGACACGGAGUUUCCUGGAGUUGUUGUCAGGCCGAUCGGUGAAUUCCGCAGCUCCAUAGAUUAUCAGUACCAGCUCCUUCGCUGUAACGUUGACCUGCUGAAAAUUAUCCAGCUGGGCCUGACUUUCACAAAUGAGAAAGGGGAAUAUCCUUCUGGCAUCAAUACCUGGCAGUUCAACUUCAAAUUCAACCUUACGGAAGACAUGUACUCUCAGGAUUCCAUAGACCUCCUUGCCAGCUCUGGGCUGCAGUUCCAGAAGCAUGAAGAAGAAGGGAUCGAUACCCUGCAUUUUGCUGAGUUGCUGAUGACAUCUGGGGUUGUUCUCAGUGACAGUGUGAAAUGGCUGUCCUUCCACAGUGGUUAUGACUUUGGCUACAUGGUGAAGUUGUUGACAGAUUCCAGGUUACCAGAAGAGGAACAUGAAUUUUUCCAUAUCUUAAAUCUUUUCUUCCCAUCUAUCUAUGAUGUGAAGUACUUAAUGAAGAGCUGCAAAAACCUUAAGGGUGGCCUUCAGGAAGUGGCAGAUCAGCUGGAUUUGCAGCGAAUUGGACGACAGCACCAGGCAGGAUCAGACUCUCUUCUCACAGGAAUGGCGUUCUUCAGAAUGAAAGAGUUAUUUUUUGAGGAUACAAUUGAUGAUGCAAAGUAUUGUGGACGACUGUAUGGCCUUGGCACAGGAGUGGCUCAGAAACAAAAUGAAGAUGUGGACUCAGCCCAAGAGAAAAUGAGCAUUUUGGCCAUUAUCAACAACAUGCACCCGUGAUGAGCGGUGCCCCUCAGCAGAACAUGUUUACCAUAUUGGCAGCUGCUGUCCUCAGCCAUUUUCCCUAAACAGUAUCUCAAACAAAAAGCAUCUUCAGUGCACAGGUUGCACCAAGCCUGCAGUUUUGCUGAAGAGCUGCAUUUUCCUUUGAAACCCAGAAGAGUUGACUGAAUUCCUAAUGCCAGCAUUUGUGGUUUGCCAUAUUUUUAAUACCAAGGGCAAAGGACAGAAUCUACUGUGUAUACCUCUGUUUUUUUCCUCUUUAUACUGUACAGAAUCUGCAAGGAAGGUUUACCGGUAGAAUACUGGGUAGAGCUAUGGGUUGGGAAAUGCAGUGAAAAUGGACACAGACAUACACACAAAUUUGUAAUUUGUGUUUUAUAAAGCUUAUUUUAAAACUUCUGCAUGUUGUGAGGGUGACAGCUUCACCUCAUGUGUUGCUUAUUUUAUCUCUCUCUGUGGAAAUUGCUCCCUUUGAUCACUGCAGAAGUUUGGGAACGGAUGACAUUAAAAAUGAUCCUUGCAGCUAAAAAUACUCAGAGAUUUGCUUUAACAACAGAGGGAAUGGAGAGUAAUGGAGCUGAUUUGAUCAGCACUCCUUAGUUUCUAAUUCUCUAUGUUACAGGUUUGACCCAUACUAAGCCUCAGCUUUGUUCUUACGGGUAUUAAGGAACUGUUCUGGAAAUACAUUCAGAGGCCCACAAGUUCACCUUUGACAGGGGAUUGGACCAAUACUCUGACUUCAGUUUUCUUCAACUUAAACCUACAAAUUUUAUUCUUCUCCUGCAACACAACUAGGUCAGCAGAUGGAAAAAUAUUUGUUCCCCCCUGCCUCUCCAGCCCCUAAUUUUAUGGCAUGCUUAACAGAUAAAACAGCUGUUUCUUUUCAUUAUAAUCACCUGAAAAGUAGUUAAGAGGAUGAAGAACUUGGGAUUCUGACUUUGAAAAACAUUCUAUAGUAUUUUUUUUUCAACAGCUCUGUAAUGACAUUUCUUAAAAGAACAAACCCUUUUGGACAUGUCAAACUUAAAAAUUUUUAAGACUGGCAUUUUGAACAAACGUAAUCCACUAUUAAAAGUUGAGGUUUAGAGCUGGUAUUUGAAAUGUUUGUAAAGACUAGUUUUUAUUUUUUGUAAAAUAAAUUUUUUUAAACCAG